UCAGGAUCACACUUGAUAACUGCUAAUGAACCAGAUUUGCAACUCCAAACAGCACAACUGGAAUAUUUAUAUUAAUAUAGCAUUGGAAUAACGAACAUGCUGUUACUAGUCAGUGUUAUUCUCAUCUUGUGGGUUUCCUGUGCUCAUGGACAAGAGGAGGGAUGGUCACCAACACCAAAGUGUAUCAGUGAUGCUUUUUUUCCUUGGGUGGAAAAUGGUCAUUCGGCAUCUUCAGGACGGAUACACCAGGAAGGUGACACUGUACAAAUUGUCUGUAAUAAGGGGUUACAGGCUUCCCAUAAUCAGAAGAGUAUCCAAGUGACAGAACGUGGCUGGUCUUUUCCUCCUAAAUGCAAUCAGCUAGGCCCUGAAGGAAAAUGUGGGCCCCCUCCACCCAUCGACAAUGGAGACUUUACCUCAUUCCCAUUAAAAGCUUAUGCUCCGGGAUCAUCAGUUGAGUACCAAUGCCAGACCUUCUAUGUACUUCAUGGAAACCGUACUAUAAUAUGUAGUAAUGGACAGUGGUCAGAACCACCAAAAUGCUUAGAUGCAUGUGUGGUAUCAGAAGAAAUCAUGGAAAAACAUAAUAUACAGUUGCGAUGGAGACAUGAGAAAAAAUUUUAUUCUAGAACAGGGGAUAUUAUUGAAUUUAUAUGUAAAGUUGGAUAUCAUAGAAAGUCACAAGGUGACUCAUUUCGAACAACCUGUCAGGAAGGGAAACUGACGUAUCCCACUUGUGUAUAAAGCAAUGAUUAAGAUACAGUCCUAAAAUUAUAAUGUGUACAUUUAUUCCGAAGUUUCCAUGAUGAAUCCAGUUCUUCUCAUUUUUUCAACUAUUGCUCAUUUUUAUUCGUAAAUCAGAAUUUGUGUUAAAUAGUAUGUGGAUGAUAGACAUAACCUGAGGGACAAAUGAAUCACUUCUUAAAAACACCAUAUUAAAACUUGGUGAACUAAAAUGCUAUGUGUCCUAGUCAUAGAAUAUCUGUGGCAAGAAAUUAAUUGUGAUCUCUUCAAUGCCUGCUCCUUUCCAUCCUUCUCCUAACUUUCUCAAAGAUUUCUCCAUAACUCCUGAGGCUUCCUGAAGCUCUCUAUUUCAGAGAAAAUGGGGGGAAAAUGCUUGCACUCAUCUUCAAAGUCAUUUCACUUUACAACACAUAGAAACCUAACUGUGUUAUACCUAUGUUAUUUAUAAGAUGUAAGAAGUUACUUAGUUUGCUUUUCUCUCAAUAGAUAGAUAUGCCAAAAAAUGAUGAAAUGCAUGAUCUCUUAUGUGUAUCUAGCAAACAUAAUAAUUCAAACAAAUCAUAAAGAGGAAUUCAAAUCUAACUAGGGGCAUAACUAUAACUACAUUAAAAGUGACUUCAAAAGUCCAAUAUCAAGUAUAGACACACACACACACACAUACACACACACACACACAAAAUGCUUGGAAUACUGAAUAAAUGUUUAUAGAAUAAAGGAAUAAAGGCUGGCAGAAAGCACAAAAAUUUAUAACUAAUUGAAUUUAGAGAUAAUAGAGGGAAGAGGGGCUGUUUAACUCCUUUAUGCUUACCUGUAUUCUCCAAUUUUUUAUCUUUAAUAUAUAUCACCUUUGAGCCAUAGGAUACCUAAUUUUAAAAUAAAGAUACAUAAAAAGUAAGACAAUGUACAUUGCGAACUAUAAAGACUUCUGGUGAUUAUCCUUAGAUCUAAAAAUAUUUUCAUGAUUUUGCUGGUAUGGAGGGCUUUGGAAACAAUCUAUGACAAGAGUCUGAAAUACGAUUUUUAUGUUCAUAUAUUUCAAACAACAUAAUUAGUAUCCGUUGACUAAAAGCAUUUUAAAUUUCUACAAAAACACAACUUUAAGGUGAAAAUAAAGAUAUACAUAAUUAAGAUAAAAAUAUUUUAAGGUGAUAUCUUGUAACUUUGCACUGCAUCAAACCAAGUGCAUUCCUGCUUCGAAUGAGAAACCUGUCACCAGUGGAGUCAAUUUAUCUAAAUGUGAAUCAUUGGUAACAGCCAGUUUGCUCACAAAUAAGGAAACACUGUUAGAAUUGGCAAGUUAUCUUUGCUGUUAAUGUUAGCACUUGUGUAUAUAUACUAUUCUCCAAAACCUCUCACCUUAUGUUUAUAAAAUCUAUAUAUGAUACCUGUAUAAAAUCAGUUAUUUCAAAAUAGUGAUUUUUAAGAUCAAUUGUAUCUUUUUUUGCACUUUCUGUCAUUCUUGUAUAAAGGUGAGUGCUAAUUUAUCAACUCUGUUUAAACUUUCACCUAAUAUGAUCUGGUAAAUCUUUAUUUUUUUCUAUUUAUUUUCAAUUUUUGGAGAAAGGACUUGAUGUAAUAGUGACCUUCUGUGAUUGCUUUAAAGACUUUUUAAGCAUGGUAUUGGCCUGGAUUUGUGAAUUUUUAUUUACUCAAUUUGUUGCAAUCAAUUGUAAUCAUUAUUCUUAGAAGCAUAAAUAAUCCCAAAUUUGGCUAGUGAA